AUGGAGAAUACACCAAAUGUUUCACGUAACGAUACGUCCCCCCGAAAACGCAAAAGAGACCGUAGUCGCUCAGAAUCUAUUACACCACCCCCACAACUUCCCAUACACCAACUCAACAAUGCGAGGGCAUUGGUCAGACAAGCGCUUGCUGUUGCUCCACCUCGCGCCCCCUCACCAAUUCAAACUCCCGAUGAACCAGCGGAUACUUCUGACUUGAAUCCGGAGCUCGCAAGAAUCGCUGAGGAAGUUCGUAGAAGGGCUGUAGCAACCAAGAACACGCCAGAACAAGGCGGUGGCCCUGAGUUAGUUAUCAUCAAGGUCCGAUGGCAACCUCAUCCGCUGAACACAGCUGGUACAAAAGAUGUUUGGAACUUUAAGAUGAAAAGACAUGACACAUUCCGGUACUUGUUUGAGGAAUUGGCAGACAUGGCCGCUGUCUUGGUAGACCAUCUUGUCGUCAGUCACGAUGGAAAACGUUUGUUUGCUUCAGGCACACCGCACGGUCUUCGAAUUUGGGCAGAAGGAGAGCUCGAAGCAUGUGAUCAAACAACUUGGGAUUACGUACGUGCUCAACGCCAUCAACAGGCUCCAAUGGCCGCUCAGUCGUCAAAUAAUUCACCGUCUCCGGAAAGAGAAUCAGACGCGGAAUCGGAAGCCGAGUCCACUGGCGGCGACAAAAUCAAGCUCGUGCUCAGGUCGGCGGCUACUGAGGACAAUAUUAAUCUUACAGUUCGACCUACAACAACGUGUGGAGCCAUUGUCAAAGCGUUUCUCAAGGCGGCUGGUCUAUCUGAUCGAUACCCUGUUUCUCCGCGAACUGCACAAGCCAUGCCUCAGCUAAUGGUUGAUGGUGAUAAGAUGGCAGAUGACAUGGAAAUCGGAGAGGCGGACCUAGAUGAUGGAGAUCUGGUCGAAGUUGUUGGACUGUGA